ACAGCCUAUUCUCAGGAAAGGCGGCUUACAAGGCCGGGAGAUACUGGUUGGUUCAAGAUCUGGAAGGCAAAGGUGGUCACGAGCGAUGCUGUCGAGAGAGAGGUCGUUCUCAAGAUCUUCGAUCUUGAACAGAACUCAAGAAACAACUCGGACACCUUGUCAGAUAUCCAGAAAGAGAUAUCAUUGAUGAGCUGCUGCAAGCACCGUAACAUCGUGAGGCUGCAUACUUCCUUCGCGUCCGGGCACGAGCUGUGGAUGAUCUUGGACUACAUGGACAGGGGGUCGUGCGGUGACCAGCUCAAGUUUGAGGAGUUCAAGAACGGCUUUCCGGAAUGCAUCAUCGCCUAUGUGAUGUCGCAAACGCUGAAGGGGAUCAGUUACCUACAUCAGCAGUCAAUGAUCCAUCGAGACAUCAAGGCUGACAACAUCCUGAUAGACCAGAAGUUCAGAGUGAAGGUGACGGACUUCUGGAAGUCCUCCAGCCUCGAGCACAAGGGUGCCGACAGCUUCCGCCAGAAGAAGGUCAUGACCUUUGUCGGCACGCCGUGUUGGAUGGCCCCCGAGGUAAUCGAGCAGGAGGGUGGAUAUGACAACAAGGCGGACAUCUGGUCCUUCGGGAUUACUCUGAUGGAACUUGCCAACGGCAAGACUCCCUACGACAAACAGAAGCCCCUCAAAGUUUUGAAACUCAUCAUGUGCAACGACCCCCCGCAGCUGGAGGGAAAUUUUUCGUCUGAGUUGAAGCAGAUUGUCAAGAGCUGCCUGAUCAAGGAGCCUCCCAGUGAGAGGCCGUCGGCGGAGGCUUUGCUGAAUCAUCCCUACUGGAAG